CAUUUUGACAACUUCAAAUAUUCACACACAUUUUGUAUCAUCAUAAUCUAGAAUUUAAAAUCAUAUUCAAAACAAAUUAAUAUAAUUUUGUGAUAACCGACUUUAGUUUAAUGUCCAAAAUGGAAUUUGGGUCCAAAGAAGCACUUAUGACUAGUACCUCUUUUAUUGUUUGACUAAUCAAAGCACUUAUGACCCAUUAGAGAGAGGAAACUAUAGAUUACUCUAGAUUUGAGUAAUAAUGCAAGUAGCAUUUUCCAAAUAAAGAAUCUCUACUGGUUAAACUAAACCACACAUGCAACAGUAGUUCCCACUCACUCACUUCAAAGACAACAAAACACACUGCAAUUGAUUCACCACCACCAACAGACCCCACCAUGCCAGCUGCCAUUGCCUCCUUCUCCUCCUCUUCUUCUUCAUUCAUCUCUCAUCCAUUCACACGUUUUUCAACCCAACUCAACACAACUCUGUUUCUUUCUCUAACCACACACACAUGACUCUGUUCUUCAAAAAACAGAGCAUUCUUCUUUUUUCUUCAUAGAAUGCACAACACCGACACAGCAACAAUGAACGACCAACUCUCAAACCAAACCUCAAUCUUCGGUCUCCGUCUCUACGUCAUCCUCGGCAUCAUCGUUGGUGUCAUCAUCGUCCUCCUCCUCUUCUUCAUCUCUAUCUACCUUGCUUUCAAACACAACAACUCCAAAAAAACCAAAACAACUAUCCCAAACAUCUCCAAAGAUGUUCCAGAAAUCACUCUCGAUGUUCCACCUCAACCCGACCCGUCUCCUCAACCCGACCCACCUUCCGAACAAAGUCACCCAGAAGAAGAAACUGCUCCUUUGAGUUACAAGAGAAUUCAGUUUGAGAUAGGAAAGAAUCAUAGAAUAUCUUACCCUGAACAACGUGGCUCUGUUGAACAUAGUGGAGAACGAGAAUCUCGACCGUUGGAUCAAGUUAAUGCUGUUAUUCCUCAAGUUUCUCAUCUGGGUUGGGGUCAUUGGUAUACUUUAAGAGAAUUGGAAGAUGCUACUAAUGAAUUUUCACCUGAUAAUGUUAUUGGUGAAGGUGGUUAUGGAAUUGUUUAUCAUGGUAUUUUGAAGGAUAAUACUAAUAUUGCUAUUAAGAAUUUGCUUAAUAAUAGGGGACAAGCUGAAAGAGAGUUUAAGGUUGAGGUGGAAGCUAUAGGAAGAGUUCGUCAUAAGAAUUUAGUGAGGUUGCUUGGUUAUUGUGCUGAAGGAGCUCAUAGAAUGUUAGUGUAUGAGUUUGUUGACAAUGGUAACUUGGAGCAAUGGUUACAUGGUGAUGUUGGACCUUGUAGUCCUUUAACUUGGGAAAUUCGAAUGAACAUUAUUCUUGGAACGGCGAAAGGGCUGACUUAUCUUCAUGAGGGGCUAGAACCAAAAGUUGUUCAUCGCGACAUUAAAUCAAGCAACAUUUUGCUUAGUAAGCAGUGGAAUUCAAAAGUUUCUGACUUUGGUCUUGCCAAACUCCUUAGCCCUGAGAGCAGCUAUAUUACAACCCGGGUCAUGGGUACAUUUGGGUUUGUACAUUCUCCUUUGUCUUUUAUUUGUCCUAUUAAAAACCUAGAAGAACUAUGCAUGAAUUAUGAGUUGAAAAUAAUUUGUACGUAUUUGUUUUAUUUCCGCAGAUAUGUAGCUCCUGAGUAUGCAAGUACUGGAAUGUUGAAUGAAAGAAGUGAUGUAUAUAGUUUUGGAAUUCUUAUUAUGGAAGUGAUUACUGGCAGGAAUCCAGUUGAAUAUAGCCGUCCUGCAGAAGAGGUGAAUUUAGUUGAGUGGCUCAAGAAGAUGGUCAGUAACAGAAAUCCAGAGGGAGUGUUGGAUCCAAAGCUUCCAGAGAAACCUACUUCGAGGGCAUUAAAGCGAGCUCUUCUUGUAGCCUUACGCUGCACUGACCCUAAUGCACAAAAGCGGCCUAAAAUGGGGCAUGUAAUACACAUGCUUGAAGCUGAAGAUUCACCUUACAAAGAGGAACGUCGAGUUAGAAGGGAUCCAGGCGUAGGAAGUUCACCUACCACCAGUAUAGAGGAUAGAUCGAAAGAGGAGGCCGCUGUAUCAAUUGAUGAUGGUAUGCUUGAAAACGAGAAGUGUACUAAUGAGACAAGUUCAAAUCAUGAAGUAGAGAAGCAAUAAAUUUGCAUAGCUGUCUCUUUAAUGACAACAAAAAACUUGUGCUGCUACUCCUUUUACAACCUGUCAUUGCAAAAGGCCAACACAAACGUGCUUUUUGCUUUAAGAUUGUUGGAACCUUCUAUACCUCAGCGUAUACUCGCAUAACCCCGCAUUGAGAUUUCUUCAUUUUCUCUGUCCCAUGUCUUUUUUAAGGGGAUGAUUGUAUUUUAGCUAUAGGUUUGGUCAUGUAAAUUAUAGUCAUAUGGUUCAAUUCAUCCAAUAAAUGACUGUUUUGAUCUCUUUGAA